GAACACCUUUGGAAAAAGGUGUGUUGCACUGUUGCUUAGUUCCUUACUUUUCUCUUGGCAGAUUCCUCGGACAAAUGCCUGAAGAUGGCAAGCAAGCAAGGAUACAGUUGCCUCUCAGAUAGUUCUGUGGAUGUCCAAACUUCUAGCUCUGAAGGCACUCUGAGCCUCAGUCCUCAUAGCCCGGGCCUGUGUCUCAUCUCUCCUCCCAUUGCCGAAUCCCAUUGGCUAAGUAAUGCGGCAUCGCAGCCUGAGUCCCCAUCAGAAGUGAAUGUCAUUUUGGAGGAACUUCUGGCUCCCAUUACUGAAAAGCUCAAGUAUUUGCUGAAGAAAGCAGAGGAUUUCCAGACAUACCUGUUGUACAGCAGGGACAGAAUGCAAAAGGAGCAAUUUGCGAAAGCUAUGCCUACGUUCCUGCAGAUGUGCCAGCCAUACUUCCAUUACCUGGAAUCCACAGCACGCAGCUGCACGCCUUAUUUAAGACUCCCACAGGAGCCAGUGAGGAGGCGGCUCCUAGAGAUCUCUCAGCAAUUGGCUUGCCAACUUGAGCAACUGGUUCUGAUGUAUGCUUCCUUUAGCUUUGUGUCCUUGGAAGACACAGAUCCAUCCAGUGUUUCCUGUUUCUUCUGUGGCAAGUUCUGGUUGAAUGAGACGCGACAAGUUUCCAUCUUUCGCUAUUCCAUCUCUGCACCCUACACAGCUGCCCGUGUUCCCCACAAUUUAUACAAAAAGAUGCGCUGGAACAUUGACAUCCUGGAAAAGUCUGCUGGCCGGAAUCAAACACUUAAAACAGAAUACUAUUUUCUGUGCUUCCGUGACACCGGUGAUGAGGCAACAGUGAAGACGCAGAAGCUCUGGUCCAUUGGACGCUGGGUGCCUGUAGAUCCUGACAGCGAGCAUAGUGCUGAUGUGCUCUCUUGGGUCUUGUGUCAUCACCCCAUGGGAGAUUAUCAGCAGCUCCUGACCAUCGGAUUUGAGGAACCUUCCCACACCUUAGCCACAGACCUUUUUGUCCAGAUGUUUAAUGCUCAGUGUUCAGGGCUGCUUAACCAAGAGUCCUCCUGCUAGAUGAGCCAAAGGAACAAGUGCAGGAAAGGGUGGACCACUCAUAUACGUUAACUGUGCACGACAGUGUCCAACUCCAUACUUUAUAAUAUUACCAAUACUAAAAGAGUAUGCAUACUGUGUUAGGUGCUGGCAUUAAAGUACAGCAAGAUAAGGCUAGAAUACACACUUAGAGGUAUAUUAGUUUAGGAUUUGAGCCAUUUUGGUUUGAUGUGGGACCAAAACAAUCUCGGUCCCCCAGCAUUCCUGCUCCUUUAGCUCUUGUGUUGGGUUCUUAUGCUACAAAUUCUUAAAAGGCUUUGGUGGCCACUGCCAUAGUUUUUCCAAUAACAGGCUCUUGAAUGCAGAUGGCAUGUGAAGACCCUUGUGGUCUCCAUUGCAUGCUACUGCAGGACAGAAGUGGAAGUGCAAUUUUCUUUCUUUCAAGUACAGGUUCCACCGAGAGACACUUUGUGAUGGGCCAUUGCUGGACACGGGCUAAGUGUCUAGUUUUACCUACUUGGGGUCCAUUUCCUUUUGAGGGCACACUCCCUUUUGACCUCUAAACAUCUGGCAGUGCCUCAGGACCAAUCAAAGUUUCUAAAGGAGUGACAUCCCAAAAUGUGUUGGAUUGUUUUUAAGCAAGCAUAUAGCAUUGUUUCAUGAA